AUGAAGUUCUUUACACCUAUCAUCUUUGUUGUCUUUGCUGCUUCCGCCGUGAUGGCUAGAUCUAUUGCUAAGGAAGUCGACGAGAAAGCUUCCACAACCGAAACUGCCACAGUUAUGGGCAUUUCAGAAGCCGAAGUGCGUCAAAAACAAGCCGGCUGCGACGUGGGAAUUUGCCAUCCGUUCUAUUGUCCACAAAACUGUUAG